AUGUUUCGCCGCGUCACGAGGAGCUACGCGAAAGUGGGGACGGCAGCACUACUUGGCGCCCCUGUGCUCCUGCUAAACGAACACGCACGUGCAGAGCAGAGGGUGUAUGUGAGCGGUGAAGCAUUGGGACGAGGAGUGCGUCUCGAGCUCUGGAAGGCCCAGCAUGAGAAUGUGGUGGUGUUGGAUCUAGAGAGCGAGUUGAUCCAGCUCGGGAUGACACGGAUUCGUGACUACGAAAACACUGGUGCCAAGUUUGUCCAUGAUGCGAACGGAGUGCUGCGAUCGGCGAUGGAUUUGGCGCUCACAGAGCUACCGAACGACGGACAGGCUGUUGUGACGACCCCGCGCGGGUACAAGGUAGAGGGUCUUGUGCUAGAAGACAAUGUAAAGGUGUGCGGUGUCAGUGUUGCCGUGAAGCCAGAGACGCACGAGGGGUUGGCGCAGGUUCUUCGCGCGUCCCUUCCAUACGGCGCCAAGCGCGGCGAGAUUUUAGUGCAAGAGCUCGUGAAGGGCGGCAACAAGAUCGCGAGCGCAGCUCUCCCGGAUGACUUGGACGACCACGAAGUGCUGGUCCUUCUGCCAGAGCUUGCGUCCGUGUCCCAAAUCGACAAAGUCAUUCACCUCUUAAAGUUACAAGGUGUGGAGGAGAGCAACGUUACGGUUGUAACUCUUGUUACUUGCCCCGAAGCUGCAGAUAAAUUCUGCAAGGCAUUCGGUGAUGCUCGAUUGGUGACUGCUUCUUUCGACGCGCGGCUCAACGAUAAUGGUCACAUCGUGCCAGGCAUCGGGUCUUUUGAAGAGCGUUACAUGGGUACUUCUAGUGACGUCGUGGAGGUUGCAGAAGAUCCUGUCGUGGACAGCAACGAAGCUGACAAGGCUCUGAAAGCCAACAUCGCGCACAAAAUGAUGGCAUGGCUCAAGUAG